UUACCUCCCCUUCGGUUAGUGGCCAGCAAGCCUUGGCUGCGAGAAGACGUGUGUUUAGUUCGUACCGCGACGAUCUCUUUAUCGCGGCUACGCGAGAGACUCCUUUUUCUCUUUCUCUCCCUCUCUCGCUUGUGUGUGCGCGCGCGCGUGUUUCGUGUUGUGUGUGCGUGCUUGAUCUGUACGAGAAGUGGCAGUGUUUCUGGCUCGAACGUAGGACCCGGACAGUGAGGAAUCAUUCGUCAUUUGCAAACUGCCGAAUAAAUUCGGCUUCAUAGCCGGAUUCGCUGUGGUCAUCGAGAACUUGACUGAAUCUUUCAGUGUUCUCUCAUUUCUUUCUCUGUUUCGCGCUACUGUGUUUCUUACGGACAAGCACCGCCCCCUUUCCACCUCCGUCCCUCUGAUCGUAACGUUAUGAGGCCAGCUGAGCGUAACUGACGGAGAAGAGGGAGAACGGCUUGCGUGCGUGUGUCAAACAUAACCUAACAUUGUACCGUGAUGUAGUAAGAGUAAACCGAAAAAACGUGGCACGUUUAAUUUCAACACUCCUGCGUUUGUGACAUUCACGCAUUCGAGUGUUCUUCUCGUCUAGAAAUCAUAUUUAGCGUCAAAGAAUUCGAGGGAAUCUCGAAAGUAUUUGCAUUCUUCAGAAUAGAAACGGCCGACACGUAACGCCCUGUUUACCACCAACUUUGCUAAAGAAACAUACACGGAGAUAUCGAUUCUGCUCCUUUCCUGAAGGUUACUCAUCGCAUGUUAUCGUUUUUGCUGUAGUCGCGAUAAAAGGACGCGACCAGCCGCUGCGUUGAGCGUGGUGUCACAAGUUCCCCUUCACCCCUCGUGUCCGGCAAGCUUGAGCCCUUCCUGUCGUUCUUCAAGAGCGCGCGACGUUCGAAACUAAAGUACGCCAUUUAAAGGAGAACGCAACUGAUCGUUUUUUUCCACGAGUCGUUGAUUUUUUCUAUCGUGAUCAACGUUUAACUUGCUCGUGAUAACAAAAAUUGCGCGAUGGAAUCGAGAGCAGUAUCAAAAUUUAUUGACUUCUAAGAAAACGACAACCUUUCUUUUGAUGGUAUAGUGUGUCUCCAUUUGUCAACCAAUCGUUCCGAUAACAGUGAUUUUGCAAAGAUUUAAUCCGAUUUAAUCCGACAAAAACGUCAUUUCAAUCGAGACGAAUGCUCUCAUCGAUAUCGCAGUGAAACGAGAAAAAGAGGAAAAACAACUUCGACGAGUUGUGUCAGUGUCACGUGUGUGUCUUGCCAGGGACAAUAACGAGAUUUAGAAAAAGAAGUGUUUCUUUAGAAAGGUGAAAGAGUGAGCGGGAAAAGUAGAAACGGGCGAAAGGAUCGACGAACAGAGGCGUGUCUCUGGUUCCCUGAAGCAGCAGGGGCCUUGGCGGUGGCGGUGGCGGUGAAUCGGGAAAGGGUUGAGGAGGGUGGCCCGUAGGGAGAGAGGAGAGUUUUGAUGGCAGUAGUUGGGCCCAGCCGACACUCGCGAGUGUCCAUGAGCGUGUCUAUGUCGCUAAUGCAGGGGGGUGGGGCGGGAGCGACAGGCGGUGGCGGGACAACGGGGGCCCACCCGGGACAAGCGGUCCUCGCGGCGGCGGCCCAGGCACCCCCCACCUACUACCACCCUACCGCUCCUGCGCCCCCGCCACCGCCGCCAGCCCAGGAUCUCGUUCAGCCCGACAGACCCAUCGGAUAUGGUGCCUUCGGCGUCGUCUGGGCAGUGACAGAUCCGAGGGAUGGUAGGAGAGUGGCCUUGAAAAAACUGCCGAAUGUCUUUCAGAGCCUCGUGAGCAGCAAACGAGUCUUCAGGGAGUUGAAGAUGCUCUGUUUCUUCAAACACGAAAACGUUCUCUCGGCCCUGGACAUCCUUCAACCACCUCAUCUGGACUUCUUCCAAGAAAUAUAUGUGAUCACGGAGCUGCUUCAGAGCGAUUUGCACAAGAUUAUCGUCAGCCCUCAGCAUCUAAGUCCCGACCACAUCAAGGUCUUCCUGUAUCAAAUUCUCAGAGGCCUCAAGUACCUUCACUCAGCCAGAAUCUUGCACAGGGAUAUUAAGCCGGGCAAUUUACUCGUGAACAGCAAUUGCGUGCUGAAGAUCUGCGACUUCGGUUUGGCCCGAGUGGAAGAACCGGAUCAGAACAAGCACAUGACCCAGGAAGUGGUGACGCAGUAUUAUCGCGCGCCGGAGAUCCUAAUGGGGGCGCGACACUACACGGCCGCAGUGGACGUUUGGAGCGUCGGUUGCAUAUUCGGCGAACUUCUUCGUCGAAGGAUCCUUUUCCAGGCACAGAGCCCUGUGCAACAGCUGGAACUGAUCACAGAAUUGCUGGGCACGCCAACCCUCGAGGACAUGAGGUUCGCGUGCGAGGGUGCGAGAUCCCACAUGCUGAGGCGCGCGCCGAAGCCACCCUCGUUGACGGCACUCUACACCCUUAGCAGCCAGGCGACGCACGAGGCCGUCCAUUUGCUCUGCCAGAUGCUAGUCUUCGAUCCUGACAAGAGGAUCACGGUGGUGGAUGCACUGGCGCAUCCCUAUCUGGACGAAGGGAGACUGAGAUAUCACUCGUGCAUGUGCACGUGCUGUUACACGACCAGCGGCGGUUUGAGACAGUACACGGGUGAUUUCGAGCCGGCCACGUCGCAUCCGUUCGACGAUCUUUGGGAACGGAAGCUCACCACUGUGCAGCAGGUGAAAGAGGAAAUGCACAAAUUUAUAGCGGAACAGCUGAACACGUCGCGCGUGCCGCUCUGCAUAAAUCCGCAGUCCGCGGCGUUCAAGAGCUUUGCAAGCUCCACAGUGGCUCAUCCUUCGGAACUGCCACCCUCUCCUCACCAGUGGGAAUAAAAUUCUUCUCCGAAAUCGCGAAACGGAUGAUGAACGUGUGGACGAGUUAUUCUCUUCACGCGAAGAGAGACGUUGAACGAAGAAGAAGAAGAAGAAGAAGGGAAUUUUUUCGACAGCCUGAAGAAAAAGAAAGAAAGAAGAAGGAAGAAGAGUGAGAAGAAGUUGUAUAGGGAAGAUGCAUAAAAUAUACAUACGGACAAAGUGAAAAGACGUGUGAAGGAAUGAAAAGAGAGUAUACACAGGCUGUGGAGGAAGGAAAAUACGAAGGAAGCGAGAUCGGAGAAAGGGAAUCGGAUAUUAAAAAUUAAGAAGAGGAGGAGCAGGAAGAAGAAGAAGAAGAAGAAGAAGAGCCAAGAGAGACAAUAGACUGCCGAGCAUAUUUGAAGCCUCAAUUUUCGACUAGCUAUGAUAUGUAUAUACAUAGACACGUGUAUGUAUAUAGAUAUCUAUAAAUAUAUAUUAUAUACAUAUACGGGGGGAGGAGCCGUAGGGAAGAAGAAGAAGAAGAAGAAACAAAGGUUAAGGGCACACGAUACGAAGAGCGGAGCGAACGAUUGAAGGGAAAAGGAAAAAAGAAAAGGAUUUGUUGAAUGGAAUGGAAUUUGUGCAGAAGAGAAAGAGAGAAAGAGGAAAAAAAAAGGGGAAAAGAGGAGGACGUGCGCGUAGUUUGUAAGAAACGGUCGAAAAGAUGGGCCAGUCUUCUUUUAUUUUUUCUUUUCUUUUUUUUUUUUUUAUAUAUAUACAUACAUAUAUAUAGAUUUUUUACAUUACGCUUCUCAUCGUUAAUGUACUACACGUGUACACAGAAUGCUCAAAAAACGGAGGGGAGGAAAGGAAAAAAAAAGGAAAAAGAAGAAAAGAGAGAGCGUUGCGGCGCGCGUGUUCGUGCAACGAUCGAUCGAAAAGAGCACGGAAGAAGAAACGGUAUCGAUCGAUAUAUUUAUAAUAUAUAUAUAUAUAUAUAUAUAUACACCUGGUUCCCUCAUCUCGACGAAUCUGGAAACUGGAAGGCGAAAGAGAAGCGUUUCGAGAGUACCUCGCGAGAGUACUCCGGUUUACCUUGUACCUGCUGAAGCGGAACAACGAGAAAAAGAAAGAGAGAGAGAGAUAAAGACAGAAAGUAUGUUGGAUCUCGAGAGUUGAUCGAUGAGGAGAGAACCGUGUGAUCGAUCCAAGGACCCCCUUUGUUCCUUGUGGAACAAAUAUAUAUAUAUAUAUAUAUAUAUAUACAUUAACGAACACGCGCCCACCAAGUCGCCGCCCUUAGGAGAAUGGAAUUGUUAAUCGAUUCGUAAUUGUGAUCAGCGUGCAUCUUCGAUCGCGCCAUUUUCUCGGGAGAAAGAAACUGCACGAAAAAGAAAAAUGGAUACGAAAGACAGAGAAAGAGGGAGACAAAGAGAGAGGUCAGCCGCGGUUUUGGGGAGCUCGGUGGCGCGAAGAAUCCCGAAUCUGAUGAAUCUUGGAAGGAGGAAAUCUUCGAGGAAAAAGAAUAUAUAUAUAUAUAUUUCCUUCGUUGUGGAAAAAAAAAAGGGAAUCGUCCUUCGUUUCGAGCGGAUAAUAUUUUUAAGAACUCUUAACACGGAUGGUCCUUCGCCGUUUCGGUCUAGGACCAGAGAGAAUAUUUUUAAGGAUAUCAAUUCGAUUCGACAUGCUCGGAUGAAAGGAGGAAAAGUCUGAGAGAAGUCUGGCGAUACGAUAAAUCGUUUCGAUUCCAAUCAAUGGGGAUCAUUGAUCACAAUGGGGGUCCAACGAUUCCGGAAAAUCGACUUGUCUAUGUUAAAAAGAAAAAAAAAAAGAAAGAAAGAAAAAGAAACCCUGACUGAUCCACCUGGCUGAUCCACGUUCACGAUUCCUUGGACGAGGAGAGAGACGAAACGGAAGAGAAAAAAAAGAAAGAAAGAAAGGAAGGAAGAAACAAGACGUGGUAUCGCGACGUGGCGAGAGCCAAACGUUUCCUGUUUCCUGUUCGUGCGGGUGAGAGACACUGGAAGAAACUGGAAGGCUCCAGCUUCCGUAUCGAGUCGCUGCGAACAUUUUUCUUUUUUUUUUUUUUUAGUUUAUUUAAUAACGAGCUACGAACAAUCUCUCCACACGAUACGGAAAAGAAAGAGGAAUGAAACAGGAAUGAAAAGAAAUUUUUUCCAACAAUCGGGAAUUAAUUUCACCGAAAUUCCCGUCCCUUCGGAUCAUCAUCCCUGAAAAUCAUCGGCGAUCAUCCUGUCAAAGAUAGCUCCCCUCCCUUUAAAGAGGAAGGGUGGAAGGGGGAUGACGACAUUGUUCCUCCGCGACAAGCAUCCUCCAUGCGAGAAGAUAUAUAUACCUAGGAAUCGUGUUGAUUCUUAGAUCACGACAGUGGAUCACGCGAUUUAUUUCCAAUAAUAAUAAUAAUAAUAAUAGUAAUAAUAAUAAUAAUAAUAAUAGUAAUAAUAAUAAUAAUAAUCAUAAUAAUAGUAAUAGUAAUAAUAAUAAUAAUAAUAAUUAAUGCACUGCCGACGAAUCGUGGCGAACACACACACAUACACAGACACAGACACACAUACAUACACAUAUACACAUUAUAUAUAUACACACGUGAGUGUCGUGAACUUCUUGAGGAGAACUUUCGAGGAUUAUCGCAUCGAGAUGAAGAUGAAAAGAAACGAAAGAAGAUCGGGAUUUUGUUCGAAUCGUCCAGAGAGAGAGGGAGGGGGAUCGUCUUUAUUAUUUUUUUUUUUUUUUUGGUGUAGAUAAAAAAGGAAAUAAUAAUAAUAAUAAUAGACGAUUUUAGUUUAAUUUUUGUAAGCGCGCUUCCGUUGCGAGAUCUCGCUUUGGUUUUUCUUUCUCUUUAAAUAAAUCUUUGAUUGAUAUAAUAACAAGGCUCGAAACCAAACGGCCUCUCGAAUUAGAAAUGCCCGAAUUUCUAUUUUCGAAAUUGCGUUUGAACCUUGCUUAAGUUAAACAAGUUUCUUUUCUUCGCGUGUAGUAAACCCAUUUCGUCCACGUGACGAUCGACAUUGUGAUUGCCUUUGGAAAAAGAAAAAAAAGAAGCGAGAGGAGUUUUUUUCAAUCUUCUCGAUCAAAAAUUAAUAAGGCGAAACGAUCGUCGAUCAUCGUCGAGAUGUGUUUACAGAAUAAUAGUAAUAAUAAUAUUAAUAUUAAUAAUAAUAAUAAUAUUAAUAAUAAUAAUAAUAUUAAUAAUAUUAAUAAUAAUAAUAAUAUUAAUAAUAAUAAUAGUCGAUAAUUCUUUGUCACUUCUUGAAUUCAAACGCACUCGAAGGCCAGACGACGAGCACACCGGUAUAUCUAUAAUUACGUUUCUUGAGUGUGAUUUUUUUAUUUAAGGAACUUUAGAUAGCCAGUAGAAUAUCCACGAGAAUUACCGUUAGGGAUCUUUUCUUAGGUAGCGAUUUAGCGUUAGCGUAGCGAAGGAAAACUCGUUUUCAUUAUUCCGCGUUUGGGCGACAGAGACGAAGCAACGCAUGUGUUCUCUUUUUUACGCAGACUCGUGAUCAUUUCUACUCUUAAUAGACCCUUGGAUCCGCGUGGAUCGGGCAAAAUGAAGAAAAGAAAAGAAAAGAAAAAAAGGGAAAAAAAGAAAAAUCAAAGUCAAAGUAGCGAUUAUCGUUUUUUUUUCUUUUUUAUUAUUAUUAUUAUUAAGUAUUCUUUGAGCGAUUGUAUCGAGGCGAAUAAACGAAGGGGGGAAAAAGAGAUUAUAAAGAUCGGUUUUUAGAAGAGAGAGAGAAAAAAAGAAUGGAUUUUGAUACACGCGAAGAGAAGAGAAGAGAAGAGAAGGAGCUUCUUCCCUGCCGAGAGACGAAACGAAUGAAACGGACGAUUAUUUUUUUUCGGAUCGUUCAUCUUCGCAGAGAAGACACUUCCGAUAUUCUCUACUCGAUCGAGAUUAUAAACGAUAGUUAUAUCCAAAUCUUUGCGAUUUGUCAUGCGUGUGCUGAAUAAUAUUUCCGUUAGAGUUAGAGAAAAAGAAAAGAAAAGAAAAGAAAAGAAAAGAAAAAUCGUGAUACACUUCCUUUCUUCGAUUCCAUUGUCUUUUUUUUUUCUUUCUUUCUUUCUUUCUUUCUUUUUUUUUGUACAAUUUAAAAAAAAAAACAAUGCCGGUCUUACCCGUUUUCGGCUAGCUGUGAAGCGUUUCUCCUCGUCAUUUGUAAAUACGUCAUUCGCGUUCACCGUGUACAUACAUAAAUAUAAUACGCAAAAAAUAGCUCAUGAAUCGAAUCAACUAGCACCGAAGCAAACGCAAACAGCGUCGAAUAAAAUAAUAAUAAUAAUAAUAGUAAUAGUAAUAAUAAUGAUUAAUCGAAAUUUUCGUCGUUGUCUAAUCACAGGCGAUCGAUAAACUGCGAAAAAUAAUUUUUCGUCCCGUUGUAAAUGAAUUCCGCCCUUUCGUCGAUCGAACGAAAGUGAAAUUAUCGUGUAAUAUCGAUCCACAAGCAUGAAACGUCGCCUUAAUUAGAAACAAUGAAAAUUGAACAGAGUACCACGGAUACUUGGACGGAUAAUGCUGUUUCCUCUCCGACUUUUCCUGUAUAUGUAUUCCUAUAAUUUUACGCUUCGUCGAGACUGAUGAUUGUAACCUUUUUUUAAUUGGGUGUAAACGAGUCAAUUAAUCGCUCGAAUCGUGUCAAAAACAAUCCUUUUCUUCAAUCGAUUUUCUUAUUUUUCCAAAAAAGAAAAAUAUUUAUAUAUUAGCUUUUCUUCGAUAAAAUUAAUCGAUAAUAAAAUGUAUAUUGUUACAUAAUAUUAUGUAUGUUUACAAUAUAUUGCAAUACGUUUAAUUAUAUUGCUGGAAAAUUAUUCUGUGUAAUCGAAAUGAAAAAAUAUCGUGAAUCUUGUGAACGAGGAUUGUUUUUAACACUUAAAUUUCUUUACUUCUUCUAUGAUAAAUGUAUAAUUUCAAGAUUAAAUUAUUCGAUCCGAUGAAUACUUCUUUUAGAACAAUUUUUAAUUUCAUUAUCGUAGAAGAAUUCGAUCAAAUAAUAACCCGUUAAGAAAUUAAAUUCUUCAAUUGAUAAACAAUAUCACUGUGUGAAUCUAAAUCUCAACUUUUUAAAGUAGAAGUAAUUUUUUUUUUAAUCAUGAUUCUCACAACAGCAAUGCACAGAUGAUUGAUUUUGUUUUAACCUUUUAACAGCCUUUUUAUAUAUUUCCAAUGAAUCGUCAGUCUCGUCGAACGAUAAAAUUAGGGAAGCAAGUGCGAAAGAGAAGAGAAAAAACAAAGAAGGAGAAUUUAUUUACCAUAAUCCUUUCUGUUUCUGUAAGAGGAAACGUCGCGAUCUCGUCCAAGUUUCGCAGCGGUCCGAUUUAAUUAAUCGAGCCUAGGGGGACGAAAGGGGAGAGAUGGAAAAUCUCGGGGAAAGAAACGAAGGGAGGGGGAGGGGGGAGGGGAUGUACGAGUGGGCAAAUGUGUAUGCGUGCGGUACGAAACGAGAGAAAAAAAAAAAUUGGAAUGAGUGCGAUCGAGCGAAAAUUAAUGUUUCCUAUUAAGCAGAGAGAACAAAAAAAAAAAAAGAAAAAGAAAAAGAAAAAAUACAGAUAACACUGUAGAAAUGUUUACUUAACACAGAGAUUUGUAAAUAAUUGUAGCUCACUGUAGCUGGUCAGUUGGGCAUUUAACGAUAUAUAACACACACACCUCGGGAAAUAAAAGAAGAAGAACGAGGCGACAAUGAAGUAGCAAACGAAGAAGAGGAAAAGAAAGAAGAGAAGGAAGAAGAAGAAGAAGAAGAAUAUAAAGAAAAAUUCGAAAAAUCAAGAACAUAGAGGAUAUGAAUGAAGCAAGAACAUUCUCUUCGUGUUGUUGCACACGCGUAUAUGUACACACACACAUAGAGACGUACACGCGUAUAUGUAUAUAUAUUAUAUAUAUAAGAACGAACAUAUUUUUUUUUUUUUUUUUUUUUUUUUUUUUCUUGGAAAAUUCAUCACACUUGAAACGUGUGCGCUUUGUUGGUUCUCUCGGUGUAAAAUUGGGAACCCGUGGAAUAUAAAAAAAAAAAAAAAGAAAAAAGAAAAUAAUAACUGGAGGCUAGGUGAUAAUGCGUGUAAGUCGUAAGGUACCUAUGUUAUUAGAUAAUGACUAAUUAAGCGAGAGAGAAAAAAAAAAGAAAAUCCACGUAUACUCCUCACUAGCGAAUAUGCCUUCAUUGUGGAAAGUGGCUGGCGCGUGAUGCACCAAUAAAAUUGCUACGGAUUUAAAAGAACAAAAAAAGAGAGAGAGAAAAAAAAAAUAAGGAAAAGAAGACGUUUGCAAACGGUGGUUCUCUUGUCUCCGAUUUGGCACGUCGACUUUUUUUUUUUUUUUUUAACAUUAUUAUUAUUAUUCAUCUCCUCCACCUUCACUCAUUUUUUUUUCUCUUCGUCUACUUUUUUUUUUUUUUUUUUUUUAUAUAUGUAUUUUCAGUUCUACCUCUAAGCACUGACCUCUGCAACGUUUCUUUCACAGGUUUUUAUGCGCACUGUUUUUUUCUUUCACACAGUUUCCUUCUUCGACACAGCAAUCAUCGUGCACACUGAGUUCGGUUCAGCUUUGCUUCUUUUUUUUUCUUUUUUUAAUCACCUUUCGUUUCUAUUCAGGAGAGACAGAGCCAGUCAAUGAUAACCAAUAAUUCCAUUUCGAGGAUAUCGUACCAAAUACUGCCAAGAAAUCCUGUCUGUUAUCUAAUCCCGCGACGACAGUGAGCCACAUAGUAGUAGGGAAAUUUAGAACGAAUUAAUAUAGGGAUUAGACUGUACUUAAGACACCUUUUAUAUAGUUCCUCAAAACUUCUAAAAGACUUGGUCAGGUUAUACUUCCUCUGUGAAGAGGAGAAUCGUCUCCUAAAAAA